CCAAAAGAAAACGAGUAGGAGUUCAUACMGUACGUACUCAACAGCAGGGACCACAAUCGUAAACAACAUUUUGGAGUGCAAACUUCCUUGCCAUACAACGAUUUUGAUAUCAAAAGUUUCGGCAAUCGUUCUAGCGAGAAACGUAGCAGUACAAGCCAUUCUCGAACACAAUUCAAACAAUGGAUGACGGGGUCGACGGUGUCGAUCAUUCUCGUUUUCAUCCGGAGCUCGCGGACUCUGUCGUUGCGAACGAUCUGAAUAAAAUGACCGCGGAACAAAGAAACAUCGUCUUCGACGAUAUCCACGGUGUUCGGAAACUACGGCCCGAAGAAACAUCUCCACCAAUCAUGCUGGAAUCUCUCGAAAGAAUGAACAUUGCCAUCCAGGGGAUAGAAUCAAAGAGGGCCUUUGACGAAGCCAGCAGACUCAACAGCCAAUACGUUCUCCGUGACAAGCAAUUCAGAGUUAGAUUCCUGAGGGCGGACGAGUACGACGUUUUUCGAGCGGCUCAACGGUUCGUCAACUACCUCGAUGUUUCCUACGAAUAUUUUGGUGUCGCGGCCCUGAUGAGGCCGAUUUACAUCGACGAUCUCGACGGAAAAGAACAGGCUCUGCUGCGAGAGGGCUGCCAGCAAUUGCUUCCGUGUCGGGAUCGCAUGGGGAGACGAAUCAUGAGUAGAAUAGGGAACAUUGGAGGCGGGGGGAGCCAAACCACUCCGGCUGUGAGUCUUUUUGUGUCUUUUGUUGGUUUCGUUUCGUUUUGCGUUUUGUGCUGGUAUKGGUUGUUGAUGGACGAUGAUUUUAUUGGAUCAGUACUGGCGAUCGUAUCGAAUAGUGGUCCGAGAAAUCGAGGAUUUCCUGUUGCAGGAUUGACUCCGAAGCAAAACAGUAUUUUUCCUUGAUGACGCGUUAUGCAUAAUAUCACUAUCUAUCCUUCUCACAUUUGAUCGUGGUACGUGUGGUAUUGCAUUCUACUGCACUGUAGUGCAUGAGAAUUAAUUUAUAUUUCCUGCAAGAAAUGUCCAACGAUGAGACAACCCAGCAAUUUGGUGUUGUCUGGAUUUUGCUGGGUGGCUUCGCCCCGGGAGAAACCACUUUUUUGAAAGAACCGAAUGUUCCGAAGACGAUACGAAAGUUUCUCGGCUGUUUUCCAUUGAAAUUCACCGCGAUUCACCUUUGCUUUCCAAAGAACGCCACGUAUCAGUUCGCUUCCGCUGCGAUUUCCUUGAUUGCACCGACCUUUAUGCGGGUGAGGGUAAGGACCCACUUUGGUACGUAGAUUAUGGCACGGCAGAUGCUCUCAGUGCUCUGCGUUCUUGGCAAUGAUUGUUCUCUGCGAUAAUGUUGCCUGCUGGGCUAUCCAAUUUUCCAAGCCAUUGAGUCGAACUUAUUCAUUAUAAUUGAUAUCAUGAAAUGAAUGUGGACAAAGGACAAUUAUUGGCUGUUUUUUUAUGCAACUCACUCUGUGUUCUGCACAUUGUUGUUUGAAUUUUGCGCGUUUCCAAUCCUGUGUUUGUCAAUCUGUCAGGCUCGCAGACCGAAUGGAAAUAUUCGCUCAUGGCGUAUGGAAUCCCCGCGGACCAAUUGCCGAUGACGGCGAGCGGGGGAAUCAAAACCGCAAACCACG